CUUUUGGGCGUUAGGGUUUAGGGUCUGGACUAUAUAUAUAUUCAUGGGGACGAAACCCUCGCCAUUGGGAAAGGUUGAGAAAAGGUGUCUGAGCUUUUGACGACGAAGAAGAAGGGAGUGCGCUUCUCACACAGGAGCUUUUGAGCUUUUUCAUAUUCGCGCGCGAAGCUUGAGGCAAACUUCGCCACCACAAUUUCUACUGCGGAAAUCGCAGAACGAAUUGAGCCGCCAAUUUUUUUAUUGGUCGAUAGUGGAGGAGGAUGAAGUACGUAUUGGUUACCGGGGGCGUCGUGAGCGGCCUUGGGAAAGGCGUCACUGCCAGCAGCAUCGGCGUUGUGCUCAAAGCAUGCGGACUUCGAGUGACUUCAAUUAAAAUUGAUCCAUAUUUAAACAUGGACGCUGGUACAAUGUCACCAUUUGAGCACGGAGAGGUUUUUGUUCUUGAUGACGGUGGUGAGGUGGAUUUAGAUUUAGGUAACUAUGAACGGUUCUUGGAUGUGAGACUAACUAGAGACAAUAAUAUUACCACAGGGAAGAUUUUUCAGUCUGUACUUGAGAAGGAACGAAGGGGCGAUUAUCUUGGGAAGACAGUACAGGUGGUCCCUCACAUAACUGACGCCAUUAAGAAUUGGAUUGAAACGGUAGCUGCUAUCCCUGUAGAUGGAAAAGAGGGUCCGGCAGACGUUUGCGUUAUUGAAUUGGGAGGAACUGUUGGUGAUAUUGAAUCAAUGCCAUUCAUUGAAGCUUUACGGCAGCUACUUUUCUCAGUUGAGCCAAACAAUUUCUGUUUGAUCCAUGUGAGUCUUAUACCUGUUCUUGGCGUUGUUGGAGAGCAAAAAACUAAACCCACACAGCAUAGUGUGCGGGAAUUGAGAGCCUUAGGCUUGACUCCACACUUUCUUGCUUGCCGCUCUGCUCAGCCUUUGCUGGAAAGUACUAGGCAGAAGUUGUCCCAGUUUUGCCAUGUCUCUGUUGGUAAUAUCCUUAACAUACAUGAUGUUCCAAACAUUUGGCACAUACCUCUUCUGCUUCGGAAUCAAAAUGCACACGAGGCUAUUUUAAAACAUUUGCAGCUAAUGAAAGUUGCCAAGACUCCUAAUCUGCAAGAGUGGACUGAGAGGGCCAAGAUUUUCGACAACCUCUCCAACUCCGUUAGAAUUGCGAUGGUGGGAAAGUAUGUUGGGUUGACAGAUUCUUAUUUAUCUGUCGUGAAGGCGUUAUUGCAUGCUUGCAUUUCAUGUUCACUGAAGCCAGAUAUUAAGUGGAUUGCAGCUUCUGAUCUUGAAGACGACACAGCAAAUUCAAAACCUGAAGCUCAUGCAACAGCUUGGGAAGAUCUGAAGAAUGCUGCAUGUAUCUUGGUUCCUGGAGGCUUUGGUGAUAGGGGUGUGAAAGGAAUGAUCUUGGCUGCAAAGUAUGCUAGAGAAAAUAAAGUUCCAUAUCUUGGAAUUUGUUUGGGCAUGCAGAUAUCUGUCAUUGAGUUUGCUCAAAAUAUUGUGGGCUGGGAACAUGCAAACAGCACUGAGUUUGAUGAUCAGACUCCUAACCCUGUCGUGAUAUUUAUGCCAGAGGGUUCAAAAACCCAUAUGGGGAGCACUAUGAGGCUUGGCAGUCGGAGAACUUUAUUUCAAACACCAGACUGCCUAAUGGCCAAGCUGUACCAUAAUUUUGAGUAUGUGGAUGAGCGACAUAGGCACAGAUACGAGGUAAACCCAGACGUAGUAUCCAAUUUUGAGGAACGUGGGUUGAAAUUUGUCGGGAGGGAUGAAAGUGGAAAGAGAAUGGAGAUUUUAGAGCUUACAAGCCAUCCAUAUUAUGUGGGGGUACAGUUUCAUCCAGAAUUCAAGUCACGUCCUGGGAGACCUUCACCCCCAUUCUUAGGUUUUAUUUUGGCGGCAAUUGGACAGUUGAGUUCGUUUCUUCAAAAUUCUCAAAACGGGAGCUUGUAGGAUUCCUACAGCCAACAACUGAGGGUUUCUCAUAAUUUCAAGGUAUUUUGGCAGUCGGAUAAGAGCUAUUCUGGCAUUUUUGAAAGAUGUGCAUUUGCAGCAACAGCAGCAGCUGGAAUACACACACAUGCUUACAUUUGUGUUGGUGAAGUUGAUGCGUCCAAUUUCCUUCCCGGAGUUUUUUGUGUGUGAGAAUUUAGUGGUUUUCUGCAUUUCGUUUGCUUGUAGAUAUGCAUUUCCGACGGAUGUUUGGUUUGGAGAGAGUGUUCAAAUUUUGAGUUUAAAUUCUAUAUAUGUGGGAGAUGAUAAAAAGAAUAUGUGAACUUCAUUUGACAUUUCCUGUAGUGGAGCUUUGUGUUUAUAUUGUUGAUUUCAUUUAGAGCCCUUAUGUUUGCUUGUUAA